AUUAAGUGCAUAUAUAAAUGCAUAUAGAAUAACAAUUAAUAAAACUUAAGGUGAUAAUCGGUUUAGGGGCCUAUCGGUCCUGAGCGUCUUCCUGUUUGUUGGCGUCAUAACUCGGAGCAGUGACCGGACCAACCCUUACCAGCAAACGACUUGAACAAGUUACCCCUAAUAACUAGGCACUAGCUCCAAGUUGCGAUAACGAUGACGGUCGAAGGGCAACUGCGCGAAGGCCGUGAGGCGGUCUUGUCAGCUACCGAUGUGGUUCCCAGUACUCCGGUAAUCCGCGGCAUCGAUUUCGCGAGCAGCGAAGCCGACCUGGAUUGCAUCAUGAGCUCGAUGCUUACCACGGGCUUCCAAGCCACUUCACUAGGCCAGGCCGUCGACGAGGUCAACCGAAUGGUCACAUGGCGGUUGUCGGACGAGCCCCUCGGCCCAGACACUCCUCCAGAACAAGCCGACCCCGCCUUCCGCGCCAACGCCCGCUGCAUCAUCUUCCUUGGGUUUACCUCAAACCUCACCUCCGCCGGCACCCGAGAGCAGCUGAGGUUCCUAGCGCAGAGCCGCAUGGUGGAUGUGAUGGUCACUACCGCGGGGGGCAUCGAAGAGGACUUCAUCAAGUGCAUGGGGCACACCUACGUGGGGGACUUCCAGCUUAAAGGCGCCAAGCUGCGCCGGCAAGGGCUGAACCGCAUCGGCAACAUGCUCAUUCCCAACGCCAACUACUGCAAGUUCGAGGAGUGGAUCAUGCCCAUCCUGGAUGCCAUGCUCCUGGAGCAAAACGAGCAGGGGGUCAACUGGACGCCCUCCAAGAUCAUUGCGCGGCUGGGCAGGGAGAUCAACCACCCCGACUCGAUCUACUACUGGGCGCAAAAGAACGGCAUCCCCGUGUUCUGCCCCGCUAUCACGGACGGCUCCAUCGGCGACAUGAUCUACUUCCACUCCAAGAAGAACCCGGGACUGCGUGUCGACAUUGCAGAGGACGUGGGCCGUUUGAACGACAUCGUGCUCGGCGCCGGCCCGCGCAAAACCGGCAUGAUCCUGCUGGGGGGAGGCGUCCCCAAGCACCACAUCUGCAACGCCAACCUGAUGCGCAACGGCGCCGACUUCGCCGUCUACCUCAACACGGCGCAGGAGUUUGACGGCAGCGACAGCGGCGCGCGACCCGACGAGGCGGUGUCUUGGGGCAAGAUCCGCAUUGAUGCCCAGCCGGUCAAGGUGUGCGGCGAUGCGACCAUCCUGCUGCCGCUGCUCAUCUCCCAGACCUUCCUCAAGCACUGGAGGCACAAGGAGCCACUCGCCAACGGCAGCACCAACGGCAGCACCAAGGCCCCGGCAGCAGCAGCCUGCGCUCUGCUGCAUGAAGCAGCGAACGGCAGCGCCAGCAGCCAGGAGAGUUGUGAGGACGACGACAGGGAGGCACGCGGGGCGGUUGGAGUGCCCCAUCACGACAGUUGAGGACGAGGGGGAAACGCGCGCGCGCAAGCAGGUCAUGAUGAAGUGCAUACCCCGAUGCAACACGUACGCGUGUUCAUGCGUGUGCUGGCACAUAGGGGUCAUGGCACGAGGGUGAAAUACCAGGUGCACCCACCCUGGUGCCCCCAGUCUGCUAUGAACGGUUGCAUGCGCGCAUGCACGGAUGCUGAGAGAUAGACGUAAGUGACUUACUUGUUGCGGGCAGGUGGCCAGCAUCGCCAUCCCGAUGACACGCACCGUUAGCUAGAUGGUCCGAAAGCUGCUGGUUGUGAGGCCACCAAGAUGGCAUUUCCGCGGUAUGCAUGCAGGUGGUGUGACGGGGGGAUGAUGCCUGGGGACGGGGAGCUAGCUCGUUUGGGCCGCCGCGAGGUGUAGAUAGCCCGGGGAAGCCCCGGGGGUAAAAUCCGUACAUGGAAUUUGAUGUGUGCAGUGUGUCUUUAUGAUGGAGUGAAACACAGAAGGAAGGCAUCGUCGCUUUUAAUGCCGAAAGGGUGUACGUAGCUAAGCCCUCCCAGUGAAGUUUGGAGGUAAGAUACAUACAUGGCUGCUAGUAGGCUUAUACUGCCACAACUGAACUGGCUAGGCAGGGUCAGCAGAGGGGCUGCGUGCAGCGUGCAUUUCGCCAACAUGGCUAGCAUGCAUGUGUAGCUGCAAGCACGAGGACUGUGACGUAUGAGUGGCUCUGAGGGGUACUUUACAUUGCAACUUACUAUGUAAGAGGUGCGGC